UUUGUCCAUACGUGUAAAAAUAUGAGUUCGUUACAUUUUAAUGCCGUGUUGCUGAACAUCUCCAAAGAGCUGACGGCGGAGCAGCUGGAGCAACUGAAGUUUCUGUGUAAGGACAUUAUCGGGAAACGAGAGCGAGAGAAGGUCGUCAGCGGGCUGCAGCUUUUCCAGCUUCUGACGGAGAGGCGCCAACUGGGAGAAGAUAACACCCUCUAUUUGUCCAAACUGCUGCUCGAGAUCCACAGACACGACCUGUCCGAGAUCCUGAAUGGCCACCGGAGCCAGAGGCAGACUGCCGAGAACCAGCCCGACCCCGCGGAGAGAGUCAAACUGGACAUUGCGACAGAUGUGAUCGCCAGUCGUCUUGGGAAGAACUGGCGUAGACUGGGCCGUAAACUUGGUGUGAAUGAUGUCAAGCUGGAGUCCAUCUCCUUGAAGUUCCCCACAGACCUGGAGGAGAUGACGAGGGAGCUGCUGAAGGAGUGGAUAAAGAGCCGAGGAGCUGAUGCAUGCACAGGCGAGCUUAUUAAAGCCUUGAGAUGCUGCGACUUCAACCUCAUCGCCGACCACGUGGACGAAGCACUGGAAGCUCCCGAUCAUUGAUACACAGAUCAGAAGAGACUGACUUUAACCUUUGGCAUAACAAAGAAAGUAUACGUAGUUAGACUUAAGAAAUGGUUCUUUAUAAAACCCAACUGAUGACAUUUCUUUUUUUGACGGGAGUGGGGGGUGAUAUGACAUAGAUAUUAUUAUAUAAAAUGACAAUGAAAACCUUAUGACCAAGAAAUGUAAUUGAGGUUUGACGUUUUACAGCUUAAACGUGAACUUUAUAAGAUGAUCCUUUAUUAGUCCCACAUCGGGGAAAUUUACAGAGUUACUAUAAAUAUAAAGAACUACCUAUUUUGGCCACACCCACUUGUCUGAUUGAAAAUGAAUGGCAGCUUUGCCUCUGUCUCAUACUAAAUGUGACCAAGGGGUGAUGAGUCACAGCCACGCUUGUCAGCACUACACUCAGUGCUGUUAGACUGCCCUCUGUUGGACAGACAGCAUAAUGACACCAUUUCCAGCAGCCUGCAUUGUUGAUUCAGUAAAAUAAAAGCUUUAACUUUGGCAAAAGUAACACAACACAAAUAUGUUUGUGAAAGGCUCAUGUCACACGGUUGGGCUCUAGUUCUUUAUUACAAAGUGACUUAAUGAAUUAUUUUUUUGUAUUUUUUUUUUUUUUUACUAUUUUUCGUCAGUAUUUGUUUGACAGUCUCUCGUAAAAUUUUUUUAAUCAGAAAAAUAUCAGAAGUGAUUGACGUAAUAUGCAUAAAUGGAAUGAUGAAUGAGCCUUUUAUAAAGGGCUCCCAAACUUGCAGUGUUUUUGCCAUCCAGCAGGCAGUCAAAAUUAUGUAAUUUUGUUGAAGCAUUUUAUAAUUUUACUUCUUCAGUAUCUGUAACACAUAGAUUUAUGUAUGAGAGAAUUCUUUCUGCUUUCGGUAUUUUCAGACUUAAGUGUCAAUGGCAUGACAUCAGUGCUAUCAAUUUAUUUAAAAAAGAAUUAUCAACUCCUGUUCCAAUAAUUUUGUUUCUUUGUGACUGUUGACUCUGACUGAUUUGACAUACAGUGCAUCCGGAAAGUAUUCACAUUUCACUUUUUCCACAUUUUCUUAUGUUACAGCCUAUUCCAAAAUGGAGCAAAUUCAUUUAUCCCUUAAAAUUCUGCUGACAACACCCCAUAAAGACAACAUGA